AUGUCGCAGCAGAAGGGUAAGAAAAUCCCUGACAGAGCUGAGAAAUCAGGCUUCUUCACGGCGAGAUCCGCGCCUUCCAGAGCCCAGGGCCAGCAUGAGGCAGACCAAGAUGGCGGCGGAGACGACAUCCUCCCCCUCCAUAACUCACCAGACCCUGGGAAUCUCCCUGUCACACAGGAGUUCCUGAUAGCAUGCCUGGACAAAAUGUCCGACAAACUGCUCAACAAAAUUCAAGCAUCGGUCACUGCAUUGGGCAAGGACAUCCAGGAGCUGGGCGAAAGAACGGCUCACGUGGAAAACCGCAUGGGCGAAUACGAAGAGGCCCAUAACGACCUGACAGACCACGUUAAGGCCCUGGAACAGCAACUUACCUCAGCCCAGCUCAAACUCUCAGAUCUGGAAGACAGGUCACGGAGACAGAACCUGAGAAUCCGGGGCAUACCGGAAUCGAUAACGCAAGCUGACAUACCCGAAUUCCUGACAGGUUUUUUCAAAUGUCUCAUACCAGAAAUAGCGACGGAGAUGAUCCUGCUAGACCGGGCCCACCGAGUAGCCAAACCGAAGUUUCUACCAGCCGAGGCGGCGAGAGAUACGCUGACCCAUCUACACUAUUAUCAUGUCAAAGAGGCCAUACUCAAAGCUGCCAGGAACCGUACAAACCUUCCAGCUAA